UUGCUGACGACACUGUCUUGUUCCCUCCAAAAUGACUCUUACGUUUAUUAUCUCCUGUUUUUCAAAUAGGCUACACUGGUCAGUACUGUGAGGUGAAUCCAGAUGACUGCGCAGGGCAUCAGUGCCUCAACGGAGGCACCUGCCAGGAUGGUAUCAGGUCCUACACCUGCCAUUGCAUCCAAGGCUGGACAGGGCUUCUUUGCCACUUGCCUGAUGCCUGCCUCAGCAAUCCGUGCCAUCCUGAUGCCCACUGUGACACAGACCUCCAAACUGGCCAUGCCAUCUGCACAUGCCAGCUGGGUUAUGCUGGAGCUCUGUGCUAUGAAGAUAUUGACGAGUGCCAGAUGGGGAGCAACCCAUGUGAACACCAAGGAAGCUGCUACAAUACGCCCGGCUCGUUUACCUGCUCCUGCCUCAGGGGCUACACAGGCUCCAGGUGCGAAUUGAACCUCAAUGAGUGCCUCAGCCAGCCUUGUCAGAACGGGGCCUCCUGCUUGGACCUGCUGAACCGUUUCCAAUGCCUCUGCCCAUCUGGAUUCGGUGGGCCAUUGUGUGAAGUCGAAGAGUGUCUCCAAGGCCACUGCCUCAACGGGGGAACCUGUGUAUUCCAGAGCCAUGGCAUCGCCUGCCUGUGUCCCCCUG